AUGGGCGCUCCACCUCAAAGAACGCUAGCAAGGCACGAUAUGCCCCAGUUCUAUCUGCUGGUAGCGCUUUAUUUUGUUCAAGGCAUCCCGGUAGGAUUAGCUUUUGGUACAAUUCCAUUUUUGCUCAAGUCAAUGGCUAAAGACACAUCUUUCACCACUUUAGGUAUCUUUUCGAUGGCAUCAUAUCCAUAUUCUUUGAAGAUUUUCUGGUCUCCCAUAGUUGAUUCGAUAUACAAUAAGAAGGUAGGAAGAAGAAGAUCAUGGAUUAUACCGAUACAAUGCAUAAGUGGGGCAAGUAUAUUCUUUUUAGGAUCGUGCAUUAGCAGGGGGAUUGUGUUCAAGGGUGUUGAUGAUGCCUUUCAUGGUAGAACGGGGGGUGUUCACGACUUGAAUAUAUUGAAUUUGACCUGGUAUUUUGGUAUCUUGGUAUUUUUAUGCGCUACUCAAGAUAUAGCAGUGGAUGGUUGGGCAUUGACUAUACUGUCAAAACAAUCACUUUCUUAUGCGUCUACAGCACAAACAGUUGGUAUAAAUAUUGGCUAUUUUCUUUCCUUUACCGUAUUUUUAUCCCUUAAUUCAAGCGAUUUUGCAAACAAGUAUUUCAGAAGUGUACCAAGAGAAUAUGGGCUUGUCAGUCUUGGUGGUUACAUGAAGUUUUCCGGUAUAAUCUAUAUUUUAUUGACGCUUUACGUUGUGUUUUACACAACUGAAAAACCAUGGCAGGAUGUUUUACCAAGGCUGCAUUCUCCAGAGAUGAAAAAAGAUGAUGAGCCUAAAGUUAUUUUUGAGUAUGAGGAUGGCGAUACUGUCAGUACUAGUAAUAACGCAGGUAUACUUUACGUUUAUCAAUGUUUUCUUAAAAUUGCAAGUUUGAGCUCAGUGCAGGUUCUGGCAAUAAUUCAUUUAACAUCCAAAAUCGCAUUUCAGUGCAAUGAAGCAGCAACGAAUUUGAAACUUUUAGAGCAAGGAUUCAAAAGAGAAGAUUUGGCAGUUACUGUACUAAUUGAUGUACCUUUUGAAAUAUUAUUUGGCUAUUACGUGGCGAAAUGGAGCUCAGAUUCCAAUCAUCUUCAAAACUCAGAUCGUGGAAAUUUGCGAAAGUCUAAAAAGUCAUGGUUUACUUGGAUUAUUGGUACACCUGGUGUCCUUACGCCUUGGCUGUGGGGUUAUCUAGGUCGUUUAGCUUCAGCGAUUCUUGGAACUGUUGUGGUGAAAAGCUUUCCAAAAGAUGGUCAUAUAAGCAGAGUUUACUUUCUGACUGUUAUUAUCCAACAUUUAUUAAGUUCAUUUAUGUCAACAGUUCAAUUCGUUGGUAUUUCAGCUUUUCAUACAAGAAUAGCAGACCCAUUAAUUGGAGGGACCUAUAUGACAUUAUUGAAUACAUUGAGCAAUUUCGGUGGUACAUGGCCAAGGUUUAUUGUAUUGUCUCUGAUAAAUUACUUUACUAUUUACGAAUGCAAAAUUCCAGGGAAACAUAAUUUGGUGUAUCAGGGCGGUAGUAUGGAUAGAUGCACAAAAGAGCUAGGUGGUACUAUAACAAUUCUACGAGAUGGUUACUUUGUAACAAAUUUAUUAUGUUGUAUUUUUGGUAUAUGUCUAUAUUUCGGAUUCCUUAAAAAAAAAUCUCAAGAGUUACAAAGUUUACCUAUUGGUUCAUGGCGUUGUGAAUAA